UUUGCUGCUUAACAUACGGAGUAGUUCGUAAUUGUAUUACCAUUAUUGAAAAGGAAUUGUUGGCCGUAAUAUCAGUAUGCCUAAGGAAGGAAAAUGUAGGGCAAAAAACAAGCCGUAUAAAAAAGGCGUCAAUAUUGAAGGACUAUACUAGGCAAUGGAUUGAAGGUGCAUAUAAAUGCCGACAUGGGCUUUUGGAGAAAAAAAAACAGGCCCGAAAACAAAAAGUAGUAAUGGACCAUUUUGCCAUCUUAGAGAUUAAAUACGACUAUACUGUGGCCAAACACGACUCCAUCAAGUGUCAGCAAAACGAAUAUCUUGCUUUCGAACAGAAACGUAUCGAAGAUUUUACGGAGAUGAUUGCAAACCAGCGGAAGUUGCAGGAAGAUGCAAUUGCUUCAAAUACAUAUCUAGUGCAAAACCAUAGUGAAAGGGUGGCAGCUCUUAAAAAACAAUCGGAGAAUUUACAAGUGGACGGUAAGAAUCUUGUGGCAACGGUUCAGUCUAAAAAGCAAGCAUAUGACCAAAAAUUAACAGAGUGCGCAAAGCUUAAUAAGGAAAGUGAAGUGCAACUGCAAAAUGAGCUAAAGAAUAUUGAUAUGACUUUUGCGGAAUAUCGCGAGAGGAGCAAGCUGAAAAUCAUCGAAGGAGCUGGACUAAUUAGCAAGUUAAAUGACAAUUUAAAGGAAAAGACGUUAAAUUAUCAGAGUCUAAAAGAUAACCACCAAUCUUUGGUUGCACAGCUUGAUAAAUCGAGCCAGAACAAUGCUCUGGAGAUCGAAAAGUUCGAGAAAAAACUGAACGAAUUCAAUACUCUCAUCGCGACGAAUAAAGAAAGCUAUGAAAAAGAAUUACAGAAUAUUAGGGAUCUUAGCAUGCAAAUGGCUUUGCAGCGUAAAAAUGAAAUUGCCGUAUGGCAGGAAAAGAAAAUGGAAAACACACGUCAGAUUCACCAAAUUUCUCAGCAAUUAGAGAAGCUUGAGGAAAAAAAGGGAAAGCUCGUAGAUUUACCUACCAAAGAGAACGAAUAUAUUCGUCAGCUAAAGGCCCGUAAGGAGUUGCAAAUGCUGCGUAUCUGCGAUAUUCAAGAGCAGCUUCAAAAGAUGGAUGAAAUCAUUGAUGACUUGAGCCAAAACCAACACCAUAUGAAGAUAAACGUAGUCAAACCCAUUUCUUAUUUGCGUGAAACUACUGCUAUAUUAGGUCAAUUAAAUGGGCAGCAAGUAGAGUCGGUUAGUACUAGAACGGACACUAUUCAAGCACUACCUGAAGCUGUGAUCACCGAUCACCCUCGCAACUCAGAAGUCAUUGCUGUCGAUAAGGAUUCCGUGGACUUAGAGACCGAUUCGGAAGGAGAAACGCCGUCACCUAAACUACCACCGAUAGACAUGCCAUCGCAGGAAGAGGACGUUAAGCCAUUUAACAAGCCCGCCGAACGUGCCAUAGUAACGGAUGUUAAAAUAAUAUGCAGGGGCUCUUCGCUGCGUGAAAGUGCACCUAUAAUAAGUCCUCCAAGCAAGCAGCAAUUAGAAUCGGCUAGUGUUAGUGCGGAUACUGCCAACGUAAAAUUUAAUGUUGUCUAUAAGGAUUUCAUUGAUUUAGACAGCGAAUCAGAUGUAGGGACGUCGUCACCUAAACUAUCACAGCAGCAAAAGGACGUCAAUCAAUUUGACAAUCCCACUGAACAUGCAGUAGUAACUACUGUCGAUAAAAUAUGCGAAAGCUCUUUGGGUAAAACUGAAGCUACAAUUAGCGCUUUAAUCGAGCAACAAGUACAGUCGGCUAGUGCAGACACUAUUGAAGAUGUGCCCUAUGUUGCUUGCCCCAAUCAUCCUCAGAAGACAAAACGCGGAGGUACCUUCGAUGAUUACUCGGAAUUCGAAAGCGAAUCGGAUUUUGACAUUCCACCACCUCAAUUUCGCCCGCUUAAGCGCAGACGUCGUCAUGCUAUACAGAAUUUGUCUUUAUAUUCGUAAUGCUUUACCGAAUAUAUUUAAUCAGAUGCUGCAGUCCAAGUAAUUGACAUUAAUUGAAUAGUGUAAAAAUAUUCAUACAAAUAAUAUUUCAAUCAUAUAUUUUUAUAUUGUAAUUUAAAAUUAAGUCUAAUGUUAAUAGCCUGCUCAAAUAAGGCCUUCAAAUAGUUACGACUGUAGGCGUAACCAUUUGUAAGCUGCAAGCCUUAAAACUGAAAAGGUAUUUAAAAAUUUGAAGAAAUUACUUCAUUCCAAGCUUUCACUUAAGUGUAAUUCAAAAUCGUUGCUAUUCAUUAACAUAUUUGUGCUUAAAAAAUUUGAAAAAGUUUGGUCGUAAGAACGUGUUUUCAACAUAAUUUACAUUUGGAUAGG